AUGGAGGACGAGGGCACACAGGAAGUCAUCAAACCCACACCAGAGGAGAUCGCAACCAUCCCGGAGGUGAAAUAUGAGUACCUAGAUCACCCAGCUGACAUACAGAUACAUGCUUGGGGUGCCAACUUGAAGGAGGCAUAUGAACAGGCAGCCACAGCAAUGUUUGGGUACAUGACGGAGAUUGACACUGUGGAGAUGACGGAAGUGCGGGAGGUGGAGGCGGAGGCUGACGAUCUCCAGGGCCUCCUCUUCCACUUCCUUGAUGAGUGCUUGUUUGUCUUCAGCUGUGAUCCAUACUUCAUUACUCGAAAGGUUGUGAUUACUGAGUGGGUGAUUGGUGGUGAUGGUGAUGGUGGUGGUGGUGAUGGUGCAAUGAAGGUGUGUGCAAAGCUUUACGGGGAGGAGUUCCAGCUGGGCAAACAUCCGCAAGGCACAGAGGUGAAGGCCAUCACCUAUGCCAGCAUGCAGGUGUACAAUGAGCCGAAUCAGCAUGAGGUGUUUGUUAUUGUGGACAUCUAA